GGAAAUCGGCUUAGUUAUUAACUUUAUUAGUAAUAUAACAAAAAGUGAGAAUUUUAUUAAUUAUAAAUUAUAAAAAUGAGUACACAAGCCGUGCCGGAUGCAAAGAUUCCCGUUGCUCUAACACACGCUUCUUCAGAGAAGUUGUCGCGCCACGAAAUGUUACGUUGGAUUAAUACAACCGUCCAAGGUGAAUAUACCAAAAUUGAGGAUCUCUGCUCAGGUGUUGCCUAUUGCCAAAUUAUGGAAAUGCUAUUCCCAAAUUCGGUCGGUAUGAAAAAGAUAAAAGUCGGUGCAAAAUUGGAACAUGAAUUUUUGCAUAAUUUAAAACUCUUCCAAAUGGCGUUCACACGUAUAAACUACGAAAAGUCCGUACCCAUCGAACGUUUGAUAAAAGGACGAUUUCAGGAUAACUUUGAAUUUCUGCAAUGGUUCAAGAAGUUUUAUGAUGUACAUGCAGCCGGUAAAGAAAAUGUGAAGCUUCCAAGCUCACAGAAGCAGCAAAUUAAUCUCAAGACAAAAACGACAAAAAAAAUACUAAACCGAGUAGGUUCGGAUAUGACGCCACCAACAGCGAAUUCAACGCAGCUUAACGCGGAUGAAAAUGGUUCACCAAGGAGCUUGAAAUAUUUACAAGAGACUCGGGAUAAAUUGGCUGAGCAGACCGCAGCGAUAUUAAAUGAAAGAAAUUUUUAUUAUAAAAAGCUACUUGAUGUGGAAAAUGUUUUGAAGGAAUUUACGGAUCACGACGAGUUGCGUGAGCGCGCAUUGGCUAUACUAUAUGCUAACGAUGGUGAAGCCCCAGAAAAUGGAAAUAAUGAAUCUGGCUGCGAAACAGCAGAGUUGUAAUCAUAUGAGUGUGUUUAUUUUGUAAAACAUUUGUUUUUUAAAUAUUGUAUUUUUAUUGUGUUAUUGGUUGUAUUCAAAUGUUAUUUCGAUAAUAAAACUUUGUAUGUAAUGUAUUUAA